AUGCAGUGCCGGGCUCGCUGGCUGUUCCACUUCCAGUUUAAGACCAAUUUCAUCCUCAAACCACAAGACGCCGGCGCCGGCGAGACCACCCUGUGCUCCGAGACUUUCGUCGACGUCCCCUUCCACGGCGAGAGCGAGAUCCGGUUCUUCUUGUGCUCGAAGGUCCGGCUGAGGGAGUACUGGAUGCCGGAGGCCCAGAUCCAGGAAUUGGUCAGCGAGGCGUUAGAUUUGUGCCGAUCCACGAUGUCAUCGACGGCGGACAGGGAUCCACGUGUCGUCCCUGUGACCGUGACGAUCGACGUCUGCACGGUGCAGCAGGACGGCGAGGAAUUGGACGCCACCGUGGAUCGGGCGAUUACGAUUGAGAAUCUGCUGCCUGUGCUAUUUUUCGACAUCGAUCGAUUUGCCAGGGAUAAUUUCUUUGAUGCGAGGGGCAUGACGCUGGCGUAUUUCGUCUGGGAAGAUAUGGUGAGGUUCAGAUUGGAGGAUGUCGAGUUGGGCUUGGGCUUGAUGAGGAUCUACCCGAUAUGCGGCCGGGCCCCCACACUUGGGGCCCAAUUAUCGACUAUUGUGUGCGGUCACACGUUUCAUUCCCACUGCAUAGUUGGGUCAUUGCUUAAUAAGAACUCGUGCCCGGUGUGCAAUGUGCCCGUCUAUGAAGAAAAUCCAGAUUGCUUUUGA